AUGGCUUCGCCAAAGAGACAUUGGCCUAGCAUGUUCAAAUCCAAGCCCUGCAACACUCACCACCAAUGGCAGCAUGACAGCAACCCAUCUCUCAUGUCAAGUAGUUGCUACAAAGCACCUUACAUCUCAGUUGCAGGAUGUGAAGAGCGUAGUCGUGACACUAAACCAAGAUGGAACCCGAAACCCGAACAAAUUCGCAUACUGGAAGCCAUAUUCAACUCCGGAAUGGUUAACCCACCAAGGGAUGAGAUAAGGAAAAUCAGAGCUCAGUUGCAGGAUUAUAGCCAAGUAGGCGAUGCCAAUGUGUUUUACUGGUUCCAAAAUAGAAAAUCCAGAAGCAAACACAAGCAGCGCAACCUCCAAAACUCCAAACAACAGUCCCAGCAAAAUCAACAAACCCAGCAAACUCCUACCACCAAUAUUACCACCAUCACUGCGCCUUCUUCGUCAUCAUCCUCAUCCGAGAAAUCUUCACCAAAAGGACCUAACAAGAGUACUAUCUCAUUGAGCUCUCCAAAUGUCAUGGAUGUUUCCAACUCUCCGACUGCUUUUGUGAACCAGACCUACUUUCAUCAGCCUCAAAACGAGUUCUUGAACGAACCCUUUUUCUUUCCUGCGCAACAGGCUACCGAAGGAGCCGGAUUUACACAAGGGUUUGACUUCUCUGAUCUAACCAAUGUGAUUCAAGUUCCUGAACAAACAGUUGGACCCUGUACAACUCUUUUGUUGAGUGAGAUAUCGAACCAUGGGGCUUCAAGGAAAGAACAUGAAGAAAAGAUGAAGAUGAAGCUCCAGAUUAGUAACAGUGCUGUGACCACUGCUCCUAGUACUCACGCUAUUCCUCCUCCAACUGUUUCUAGCCCGGCUACAAUUACUGUUCCAUCUAAUAAUCACCACAUUCAAGGUGUUGGGGAAUCGGAUGAAGUGGGUCCUGGAGGUGCGGCUAGAUCAACGGUGUUUAUCAAUGAUGUAGCCUUUGAUGUGGCCAUGGGGCCCUUCAAGGUGCGGGAGGCUUUUGGUGAUGAUGCUAUCUUGAUCAACUCAGCUGGUCAGCCUUUUCUCACCAACGAGUGGCGGCCAACCCUUCAGUCUCUUCAAAAUGGUGGAUUUUACUAUCUGGUUCGCUCAUUAAGCCCCGUCUCGGAGUAAUAUAUUGAAGGUGACAAACUUUGAAGAACCUUCUCUUAAAUUUGUUAUAUCUUCAGCAAUGCUAUUAUUUAUAGUAGUAUUUUUACAUAAGUUAUUACACGUGCAUGACAGCUUGUAAUUCAAAGAAGAUAAUUAGGACCCUUUCUCGUGUAAACGCUGGAAAGGUUUUGCAUACCAAUUGAGUUUUGUUAAUUAGUGUGUUUUAUUCUUGAAUUGCUGAGGAAA